UGAUUCACCCGAGGUCGAACGGGACUCUCUUUUCCCUGGAAUUGAUGAUUGGCAGCUGGAAGGGAGUUCUCGCUUGGGGAGGGGGAGGGAAUCAUUUAAGUACAUAAGGCCGCCGCUAUCCAUCCUUCUCUAUCUAUCUAUUAUCCAGUUACAUCUAGAGAUUGCCACUUAUCUACACAUAUUAUCAAAUAUCCCUCGUUGGAUUACUGAGACUACUUCUUGAGAACUAUACAACAACUACGACUAACAACUACAACAACCACCAAAAUGUCCUUCCUCAACCCCAUCCGCGCAACUACCCUCCGCCUCUCCCGCCCUGCCUUCGCCUACACCACCACCACCACCACCUCUCCUGCAGCAGCAGUAGCAGCUCUCCACACCAGCAUUCCUCGUCCAGGCUUGAAGGAAUCCGAUCACAACCGCGACGACCUCGCCAACAUCUACGAGGCCGAGAAACACGACCAAGUAAAGAGCAGCAAGGAAGGCAAGGCCAAGUGGAAGCAGGAAAUUGCUAGUGAUAGUGAGGCGUCGGUCAAAGCCGAUCGCGGCGAAGUAGACAGUGAUGAUAACAACUUUAGUGCCAUGCAGGAACGGACGAAAGGGUUGCCGAAUAGGGAUGGGCCCGUGAACAAGACUCAAUAAAUUGUUUUUAUCUUUGUUAAGAAUUACUUGUACUUAUGAUGGGGUUUGGAUGGGUUCUCUUUGAUAAAUGUAAAUGAAAUUGAUUGUGCUUCUUGUUGCUGCUGCUGCUGUUAUUGUUUCUCCGAUCGGGUGAGUGGCUUGUGAGUUGUUGGGUUGUGAUAUGAUGGGUCAUUUGUUGUCUAUGUACGGAGUACUUCUGAGGGAUCUAUUAUUACUUCUAUAUUAUGGUAUCAAAAG